CAGUUUCAAAGUCUUUUCCUUUUAUAAGAAACCAAAUUGCCUGCUUUCUCGUACAGCUGAGCUUCCUCACACACACUCAAAUAAAGAGAUCAGAGAGAUGUUUAGCCAGAGUUUGUUUGAGGAUGAAGCUGAUAUGUCAUCACAACUUGGGUUUUUCACUUUUCCUCCAAACAACAACAAUAUGGGCAGUGCAAUUACUACUUCUCUACCAUUUGGAAUAUGCAACCAUAAAACCCUCACCAUAAUCCCUCCCUCUUUUGCAGCACAUAAUAAUUCCCUAAUUGAAUCUACUUCUCUAAGGCAGAAAGAGGACCUUACUACUUCUAUUUUUGGAGGACCCCAUCUUCUUUCUUUGCAAAAAUCCUCUGCAAAUACAUGGGCAUGGGGAGAAGUGAAUGAGAGCAACAAUAUUAAGAGAUCAAGGGAUAAUAUUGAUGAUCAUUUAGGGGUUUCAGCAAUUAAGAUGAAGAAGAUGAAAUCAUCAACAAGGAAAGUAAGAGAACCAAGAUUUUGUUUCAAGACUUUGAGUGAUGUGGAUGUGUUGGAUGAUGGUUAUAAAUGGAGAAAAUAUGGCCAGAAAGUUGUCAAAAAUACCCAACAUCCCAGGAGCUAUUACCGGUGUACACAAGAUAAUUGUAGAGUUAAGAAAAGGGUGGAAAGAUUAGCAGAAGAUCCAAGAAUGGUGAUUACGACAUAUGAAGGUAGGCAUGUUCACUCUCCAUCACUUGAUGAAGAUGAUUCACAAGCUUCAUCUCAACUUAAUAAUCUCUUAUGGUAAGUAGCUGGAGCCACCUUUUCUCCCCAACCUAUUUUCUCGACUUCCUUAAACAAGUUGUGGAAAAAGGCUCAUUUUCUAUCUAUUGAUGUUAUUAUUAGUAAGUGGAACGUGCCAUUUCAUCUGUAAUUUUUGUAUAUCGUGUUCGUGUGGAUUUGGCUCUUUA